AUGAACUCUCUAGCCGCGACCUUGUUCGUCGGUAUGUUGAGUGUCACACUGGCAUUCGAUGAAGAGUGCGUUGGUAAACGCAACGGAGCCACUUUUUCCGACGAGUAUAGCUGCAGUCGGUACCGCAUCUGUCUCGGUGGAUAUCUGUCGCAUGGCGAAUGUGCCACCGGGCUCUACUGGGAUAACUUCCGACGACUGUGCCUGCCAGCGGCGCUAGUCUCUUGCCAAGCCAAGCUCCCCACAACCGUUCAGACCACACCGUAUGAACCGACAACGAGUGAUGGAAUUAUACUCGAUGAAAAUCAUCCCGGUGUGCCUGACGAUUUUCAAACCGAAGAGUACCACUGUCCGACGGAGGGUGUCCUGACCAUACCGCACCGACGUAGCUGCUCGCAGUAUGUGCUGUGUUUCGAUGGUACCGCCGUUCUACAGCGAUGUGCUCCCGGACUGUAUUUCAAUGCGGCCCAGAGCCAGUGCACACUGCCCAGCUUGGCGAACUGCGAUUUGCAGGAACAUGUGUGCCCCGAGAAGGACGAUCCACUGAAGCUUGUGUUUGUUGCCGAUCGUUUCGACUGUUCCAAGUAUUACUAUUGCUACAACGGAAAGUUUCAUCCGCACAGUUGUGCCCCGGGAUUGCACUGGGAUCCAGUAAACAACUGGUGCACGACGAUCGCAGAAUCCAGAUGUCAAAACUUCACCCCCUACAAGGAGGUGAACGAACCGACGCUGGUCCCCAAGAAAGUUAGUUGCAUGGACGAUCAAGCUCGAUGGGUAAAGCAUCCAAAGAGUGAACGCCAUUACUAUCUCUGCUACAAGGGUAAAUCCAUGCUGAAGCGCUGUGACGAUGGUCUCAUUUGGGAUGCAAAAACACACUCCUGCAACUUUCUAAACUGA